GCGUCCUGUCACCUUUCAUCACGAACAUCGGAACGAAUGGGCAAAAAACCUCGAAGAAAAACGCCUCAGUCCGCAGGAAAAGCGAACAAUUUCUAGUUCAAUCGUGUUGUUGUGCAGCAUUUUUACAUGUUUUUGUAUCGCGUGCGUUAUCAGACGUCCGAUAAAAAGUGAUUGUACGCGGGGCGGGCAUAUUACCAUUCGCUAAUAAUCGUCGUGCAGUGUUCGUCAGCUACGAGCGUCAUCGUCGUGCAGGGCAGGGUACAGCAAAGAAGCGGUCCCCAUCAUCACCAACGUAGUAAACAGCGUACUGACCCAGUCGCUGGAAAACCCCAUGGAAAUGGUGUCUCUGGGGCCGAAAAAGGAUGGAAAUCCUAAUGCCGAAUUCUUUACCGCGCCGGAAACACUGCAGAACUUCGAAACGGUGCGGCUGUGGUUGCAGAAACACUUCAAGAAGUUUCUUGCACCAGAUCCACCGACAAAGGAAUCUUUGGCCCAUUUAAUUAUACAAUUCAUUCAGUAUCAGGAAGCGAAGCUUGGGAAAAACUCUCAAGAUCCACCAACAACGCGUUUGCCGAUACGAUGCUUCAUGGAUUUCAAACCGGGCGGUGCCCUCUGCCACAUACUUUCCACUAUGUACCGCUACAAGGCGGAGCAGCGCUGGCGCAAGUUCGAUUUCACCGUGAACAAAAACCCGAUGCGCAAGGACCCGAUCGGGCAGAUGGUGCUGGACAUCGAGACGGCACUGAUCGAGGCGGAAUGCAUGCGCCUGCCGAUCGUGUACAUCCGCCCGGAGGUGGACCGUGCGACGGCGAACAAAAUCACCGACAUCGUGACGAACCAUCAGGGCGAAAUAACGGCCGAUGAGGAGGAGGCCACGCACAUCAUCUAUCCGGUGAUUGAUCCGCUGCCGGAGGAUUACGCGCGGCCCACGUUCCGGCGCGAUAAGCACGUGAUGAUCCACUGGUACUACUUCCCGGAGUCGUACGACACUUGGGUGCCGAAUUCGUUCGACCUGCCCGACAACAUCCCGGAGAGUCCGCCGUCGCCGGCCGAGCGCUGGCGCGUGUCCGCCUCGUGGGUGAUCGAUCUGGACGAGUACAACGAGUGGAUGUCGGAGGAGGACUACGAGGUGGACGAGGGGGGACGCAAGAAGGUGCACCCGCACCGGCUCGGCGUCGAGGAUUUGAUCUCGAGCGUGGCCGGCGGCGGUGGCGGUGGAGCCGGCUCGGAAGAUAAGGUUAAGAAGACGCCCAAGGUGGUCAACUCGAAGCGCAAACGGUCGCCCUCGCCGGCUGCCGGCAAGGGUGGCAAGCGGAAGAGCUACCGUUCGCCGGCCGCUUCGUCCGCUGCCUCCUCCUUCCAGAAGAAGCCGCGCGCGGACGACGAAGAGUCGGAGGAUCUCACCAAGGACAUGGAGGAUCCGGCGCCGGAAACGAACAUUACCGAGGUGAAGCCGAACAUGAGCAGCUCGGGCGCGUCGGGCCCGGCUACGCCGCAGCCCAAGCGCGACCCGGACAUGAUGCCGAUGAAGUACGCCACCGUGACCGAUCUGGACGACGAGAUGGGCAUGAAUGCGGGCGGCGCUGGUGGCAGUGGUGCGGGCGGUGGCGGUGGCAGCGGCGGAUCCGGAGCGGGCGUGGGCGGUGGCGACGACAGCCAGGCGGGCAAGACGAGCGACAGCAGCAACACGCAGGACUUCCCGACCGGCAGCAAGGACGAUCUGGAGGACAACGUGACGGAACAGACGCACCACAUCAUCGUGCCGUCCUACUCGGCCUGGUUCGACUACAACUCCAUCCACGUGGUGGAGAAGCGCGCCCUGCCCGAGUUCUUCAACGGGAAGAACAAGUCGAAGACGCCCGAAAUUUACAUGGCCUACCGGAACUUCAUGAUCGACACGUACCGGCUCAAUCCGACCGAGUAUCUGACCAGCACGGCCUGCCGCCGCAAUCUGGCCGGCGACGUGUGCGCGAUCAUGCGCGUGCACGCGUUCCUCGAGCAGUGGGGCCUGAUCAACUAUCAGAUCGAUGCCGAUUCCCGGCCGACGCCGAUGGGCCCACCGCCGACCUCCCACUUCCACGUGCUGAGCGACACGCCGUCCGGGCUGCAGCCGAUCAAUCCGCCCAAGACGGCACAACCGUCCGCGGCGAAGAACUUGCUCGACCUGGACAAGAAGGGGGCCGUGCUGGGCGACAAGAAGGACGAGCUGGCACCGGGUGCGGUGGCGGCGGCGGCGGGCGCCAAUGGUGGUGCCGCGCCACUGAUCGGCCCGGACGGCAUCAAGGUGGAGCAGGGUCUCGUGCCAACGGCCGACCCGAACGGCCAGUUCGGCCUGCGGUUGGACCAGUACGCGAAGAAACCGGCCGCGAUGCGCAACAAGACGGCGGCCAGCAUGACGCGCGAGUGGACGGAGCAGGAGACGCUGCUGCUGCUCGAGGGGCUGGAGAUGUACAAGGACGAUUGGAACAAGGUGUGCGAGCACGUCGGGUCGCGCACGCAGGACGAGUGCAUCCUGCACUUUCUGCGGCUGCCGAUCGAGGAUCCGUACCUGGAGGAUGACAACACGUUCCUCGGUCCGCUCUCGUACCAGCCGAUCCCGUUCAGCAAGGCGGGCAAUCCGAUCAUGUCGACCGUGGCGUUUUUGGCCUCGGUGGUCGACCCGCGUAUCGCGGCCAGCGCGGCCAAGGCGGCGAUGGAAGAGUUUGCCGCAAUCAAGGAUGAGGUGCCCGCUUCCAUGAUGGACGCACACCUGAAGAACGUGGAGAAAUCGAGCUUCGGUGGCAAGUUCGAUCCGAAUGCGGGCCUGGCAAGCAGCGGUAUUGCUGGCACGGGCGCCGAAAAGGACAAGGAGGACGAGUCGGCGGACGGCAAAACACCGGCAAGCGGUGGAGCGUCCUCGGCAACGUCCGCUGCUGCAGGCGGUUCCGGGGCAGCGGCCGCUGCGUCGACCCCUGCCACUCCGACCCCGCCAGCUGGCGACGUGGAGAUGAAGGAUGUUUCGAAGAAGGAUGAUGCCGCCGAAAAAGAAAAAUCUUCCGAUGAGACAACCACUGCUACUAAAUCGCCUGAUUCCGAUGCUACUACAGCGACGCCAGCGGGCGAUGCAAACGCCGGCAAACCGCCAGGAGCGGCCAGCGACGCCCCGACCGCCUCCCCAGACGCCCAGAAGGAAAAGGAUGGCAAGGAUGGUAAAGAUGCUGGUACACCCGCGUCAACAGGCACGGAUGGCGCGGCAAAGGAGAACGGCGGCUCCACCGAUCCGAAGCUGUUCAACGAGGGCAAUCUGCAGGCGGCAGCAGCGGCUGCCCUUGCCGCUGCCGCAGUGAAGGCGAAGCAUCUGGCCGCGGUCGAGGAGCGCAAGAUCAAGAGCUUGGUAGCGCUGCUCGUCGAGACGCAGAUGAAAAAGCUCGAGAUAAAGUUGCGCCACUUCGAGGAGCUGGAGACGACGAUGGAGCGCGAACGGGAGGGGCUGGAGUAUCAGCGGCAGCAGCUGAUACAGGAGCGCCAGCAGUUCCACCUGGAGCAGCUGAAGGCGGCCGAGUUCCGGGCGCGCCAGCAAGCCCACCAGCGCUUCCAGAUGGAGCAGGGCCAAUGGCAGCAGCAGCAGGCACAAGCGCAAGCGCAGGCACAGGCCCAAGCGCAGGCACAGGCGCAAGCACAGCAACAGCAGCAGCAGCAACAGCAGCCACCACAGGCCCGGCGGGGCCAGCUUCGGCCGCCUCCACCGUACCGGCGACCCACUCGAAUGUGCAUCCGUCGCAGCAGCAGCAGCCACCGCAUCUGGCCGGCGCCACCACCAAUCCGGGAGCUAAUCCGCCAAAGCCGCCAUCUACCGCUGGUGGCCCGGGGAUGGGCCCGGGAGCGCCUGGACCAGUUCAUGCAACCAACAACCCGGUUCAGGCGGCAGCAGCAGCAGCAACAGCGGCACCAUCAGCACUGCCGGCGACAGCAUCCUUACCACCAUCGGCCAGCCAAGCACCGCCGGCCGGCAUGCCAGCGUCCAACGGUAUCCCCCCUCCUACUUCAUCCACCCCCAGCUCUACCCAGCCGCCCUCUACGAAUCCUACCGACGGCAUUACGCCAAAUAGUAUAAUGCCCACGGGCGGACCGGCUGCACCAUCCGGGGCGGCUAUUCCGCCUCCCUCGCCACACAGCGACCCAGCGGCGGCGGGUGCAGUACCAGCACCUCCCGGAACCGUCGGAAUU